AAUAACAUUUUCAAAAUGUUAAUGUUAUCCUUAAAACUUACAUUAAGGAGUUGGUUUUUUAAAAGGAAUAUAGUUGUAUCGACCAAAGGUUUGAAGGAAUAUUUCAAACCUAAUAAGGAUUCUAACCAAACCCUCAACAAACAAACCGGUCCCUAAUAAAUAAGGCGACCAAAGCUUACGCCUUUAACGAUCUCGCUAGUACCCCGCCGCCGCCGCCGCCGCCCCGGAGAAGUAAAGCAAUGUUGAGCUCAAGGAAUCCGGUGAUAAUGGACGCCGGCUGCGUCCAAGAAUCGAUCAAGAAUCACGUCGACGUCUCCAUGAAGCUGGCGAAUCACGUCUUCUCCACCGUGACCCAAACCAAAUCCAACCUCGUCUUCUCCCCUCUCUCCAUCAACGUCGUAUUGGCCCUCCUCGCCGCCGGCUCCAAGGACCGCACUCUCGACGAGCUCCUUGCUUUCCUCAAAUCCAACUCCGCCGGCGAUCUCGACGCCUUCUAUUCUCAGGUCCUCUCCCCUGUCUUCGCCGACGGCAGUCCCCUUGGCGGCCCGAGGUUGUCGGCAGCAAACGGCGCCUGGGUCGAGCAGACUCUGCCGCCCUUGAAGGCUUCCUUCAAACAUGUCGUCGAGAAUGUUUACAAAGCCGUUUCUGAACCGGUCGAUUUCAUGAACAAGGCAAAUGAAGUGGUUAAUCAUAUUAAUUUGUGGGUUAAGAAUCACACCGGCGGUCUUAUUAAGCAGAUACUUAAUCCCGAUGCGGGGAAUGAUGAGACGCGUCGUUUCUCAAUGUACAUCUUCUUGCCGGACGCUGAGGACGGGCUCCCAUCUCUAGUGCAUAAGGUCACUUCUGAGCCCGGACUCUUGGAGCGUUGCCUAACUUCCCUUCCCAACCACCCGGUUCCAGUGGGUGAGUUUCGUAUCCCGAAAUUCAAGUCGUCAUUUCACUUAGAGUUUUCAAACAUUUUGAAGAGGCUUGGGGUGGCGUCUCCUUUUGAUGGAGGAGAGGGCAUGACUGAGAUGGUGGACGGCGGAUACGGACUCCAUGUCACAAAUGUAAUACACAAGUCCUUUAUCGAAAUUAAUGAACAAGGCACUGAAGCUGCUGCUGUCACCUUGGCUCGCAUGGCGUGCGGCGCCAUGAGACCGAGACCACGCCCGGUGUUGGUGGAUUUUGUGGCAGACCAUCCCUUCCUCUAUUUUAUCAGGGAAGAUUUGACGGGAGCCAUUGCAGUGAAAAUGUACUCGCCGGAAUCAUUGAGGAAUCAUGUCGACGUCUCCCUCAAGCUUGCAAAUCACGUCUUCUCCACCGUCACCAAAACAGAAUCCAACCUAGUCUUCUCCCCUCUCUCAAUCAGCGUCGUAUUGGGCCUCCUCGCUGCCGGCUCCGGUGGCCCGACUCUCCGCCAGCUCCUCGCCUUCCUCAAAUCCGACUCCGCCCACGAUCUCAACGCAUUCUUUUCUUGGGUCGUCUCCGCCGUCUUCGCCGACGGCAGUCUUGCCGGAGGCCCGCGGUUGUCGGCGGCACACGGCGCGUGGAUCCAGCAGACUCUGCCUUUGAAGACUUCCUUCAAGCAUGUCGCGGACACCGUUUACAAGGCCGCCUGCCAAUCGGUCGAUUUCCACAGAAAGGCAAAUGAAGUGGUCAAAGAGGUGAAUUUGUGGGUAGAAAAGGGGACCCGUGGUCUUAUCAAAGAGAUACUUCCUGCUGGUGUCGUCGACAGUAGAACUGAUUUCGUUUUAGCAAAUGCUUUGUAUUUUAAAGGAGACUGGGUUGAGAAGUUUGAUACAUCAAAGACGAAGGACGGCGAGUUCCACCUCCUUAAUGGGAGCUCCGUACAAGUCCCAUUCAUGUGCAGUAAGAAGAAACAGUGUGUGAAAGCUUUUAAUGGUUUCAAAGUAUUGAAGCUACCCUAUAAACAAGGGGAGGAUGAACGUUGUUUCUCCAUGUACAUCUUCUUGUCGGAUGCCAAGGAUGGGUUGCCAUCUUUGAUGCAGAAGGUCUCUUCUGAUUCUGGGCUAUUGGAGCGUUGCCUUCCCUCUAUUCCAGUUAAAGUGGGUAAGUUUCAUAUCCCAAAGUUCAAGUUGUCAUUUGGGUUUGAGGUCUCGGACGUUCUGAUGGAACUUGGGGUGGUGUCUCCUUUUGCUGGAGGAGAGGGCCUCACCGAGAUAGUGGACGGCAGGACUAAACUCUAUGUUUCACAGAUAUUCCACAAGUCUUUUAUUGAGGUCAAUGAAGAUGGCACAGAAGCUUCAGCUGCCACCGCAGCAAUUGCUACAAGGGGAGUUUCGAGGGAAGAACCGUUGGAUUUUGUGGCAGAUCAUCCCUUUCUCUUUUUUAUUCGAGAAGAUUCAACCGGAGUCAUUCUCUUCAUCGGGAAUGUGAUUGAUCCUCUUUUGGUUAAUCACAACUCACAUAAGCCAAAAUCCGUCCUUGUUAACUCACAAAACCCAAAAUCCUUUGCUGCUCGUCUAUUCGGCUGUACCAUUAUCUAAUUUAUUGUACUAAAUUACUAAUACGAGUCUAAGAUAAGAGUACGUGGGUGUACGUCAAGCUCAAUCAAUAUACAUGUGGUUCACUACUAAACUCAUGCUUUGUUCAAUAAAACUCCGUAAUUAUAUAUGCUAUUAUUCGGCAUGUACAAAGGAGAGAAAAUAAACUCACAUUCAAUAAUGAAGUUACGUUUUU